GGGCGGGGCGGCUGGGAGCGGCUGGGAGCGGCGGCGGUGGAGGGAGCUGGGGCGCUGCCGCCCGGCCGAUCAGUGUUCUGCCACCGUGCAAGGCAGACGGAGCUCGCAGGCAGCUGUGGUGCAGCAGAGGAGCUGCAGCUGGCAGGUACCCGAAGUUGCCCGCUUCUCUGUGCCUCUCGGUGUUACAUGCGAUAAACGCGUGCGGAAACCAGACCUCAGGUAUUCUAGAUGAAAGGCAACAAGAAAACGAGCAAUGUAACGUGAAUCAAGUGAAUUUCUGCUUCUGUUGGGAUCUAGGCUAAUCUGGUUGAGAAUAAGACUCAGAUUCUGAAGUGUUUGAGGAACUUGCUACUGCCCAAGUCAUGACACUCCCAUUUCGAAAGGACUUGGACAAAUACAAAGAUCUUGAUGAGGAUGAAAUUCUUGGCAAACUGUCAGAAGAAGAACUGAAACAACUGGAAACAGUUUUGGAUGACCUUGACCCAGAGAAUGCACUUCUGCCCGCGGGCUUCCGACAGAAAGACCAGACUGCUAAAAAGGCUUCAGGUCCUUUCGACAGAGAACGACUCCUUGCCUAUUUGGAGAAGCAGGCUCUUGAGCACAAAGACAGGGAAGACUAUGUGCCUUUUACAAAAGAAAAGAAAGGGAAAAUAUUUAUCCCCAAGCAAAAGCCUGUACAGUCGUAUACGGAAGAAAAAAUUGCUCUUGAUCCAGAACUGGAGGAAGCCUUGACUAGUGCCACAGACACAGAACUAUGUGACCUUGCAGCUAUACUGGGAAUGUCCAACUUGAUAACAAACAAUCAGUUCUGUGAUGUAGUAGGAAGCAGUAAUGGGGUAGACAAAGACAGCUUCUCAAAUAUAGUAAAAGGUGAAAAAAUGUUACCUGUUUUUGAUGAACCGCCAAAUCCCACAAAUGUAGAGGAGACUUUGCAAAGGAUUAAAGAUAAUGAUUCCCGUCUUGUUGAGGUUAAUCUAAAUAAUAUUAAGAACAUACCAAUUCCAACGCUGAAAGAAUUUGCAAAAGCCCUAGAAACCAACACGCAUGUGAAGAAUUUUAGCCUUGCGGCCACCCGAAGCAAUGAUCCUGUUGCUGUUGCUCUUGCAGAUAUGCUGAGAGUAAACACAAAAUUAAAGAGUUUAAACAUAGAAUCGAACUUCAUCACUGGAGUUGGAAUUCUGGCACUGGUUGAUGCACUGAAAGACAAUGAAACAUUGACAGAGAUCAAAAUUGAUAAUCAGAGGCAGCAGUUGGGCACGCUUGCAGAAGUAGAAAUUGCCAAAAUGCUUGAAGAAAACACCAAGAUCCUUAAAUUUGGAUACCAUUUCACACAACAGGGACCUCGAGCCAGGGCAGCUGCAGCUAUAACAAAAAAUAAUGAUUUGGUUCGCAAGAGAAGAGUUGAAGGAGACAGCCAGUAGAUCUUGUUGUUAAAUUGUUAAAACUACAUGGAGAUUUCAAGGGUCUUCAAGGCAUGCUCCUCACUGUGGGCUUUGGCAAUCUUGGACUACAUUUACUUAGGUUAGAAGGGAAAAGACUGGAAACCCCAUUCCUUUUAAAGCAAAGCUAUAUUAAAAAUCUGCUGGUAUAUACCACAUUUUUCAGAUUGACACAUUGUAACUGCGCCAGUCUCUGUACCAUAGUUUUUGGUUGUUUUUUUUUUUUUCUAAAAGAACUUUUUUGUAUUUCAGGACCUUGGCUGUGCUUUCUUCUUAAAAUGUAAUCACGAAUCAGUGGUAUAAUUGUCUGUAGCCAAAGAAUGGGACAUUCAAGAUCAUUGGGCAGAUAAUGACCCAAUUGAAAUGGUUGUCAGAAAAUCUAGGGGUGCGUGCGUAUUUACAUGGAGGGGUGUGUAUAUUCUUGAGAACAAUGCUUUAGUAACGAGGGAUUCAUCACACAAUAGUUGGACUCAUUGUGUAGAGCUGUUCAUCCUUGUUCAUAUGCACUGAAGAGAAAUCUUUCACAACUUUUAUUUGUGAUUCUUUUUUAUUUUUGAUUCAUUUUUGGUACUGUGAUUAAGUGUAAACAUCCCUUAAAAGCAAGCAAAAAUAAAUUGUCUAAAGACCUUUUUCCCAAGAGAUUUGAGUGACCGAUUAAAAAAAAAAAAAAAAAGAAAAAAAUGGGAGCCUUGCCAAAAAAGUAGAAGCCUUGCAAAGUGAGGUUUUUUUAUUAGACAUAAGUCCUAAAAAUCUCUUUUAAAAAUGUCCUGUAACUGUAUCUUGCUCUGUAUCUAAACUGGAUAUGUUUUUAGACUGCUAUCAUGUGCUCAUCAGCAUUUAGUUUAUAUUCUUUGUUUAAAAAUCCUUAUCUACAUGUGUAACUAGUAUGAACUUCUCUAGAAGUAGUGGACAUGCAUUUGUUAAAUUCUGCAUGAUUUUGUAUGGGGAAAAGCAACCUUACCAGUAAAAUCAGAGUCGUAAGUUGCUGGCAAAUGGAAAAAUCUGUUUUUUCAAGCUGCUGCGUUAAAAUAUUAGUGCUUCAUAGAAAUCUGUCAUUUUUUAUGAAACAAUGAAGCAACACUUUCAAGAAAGGAUCUUUCUAUUCUACUUAUGUCUUGAUGUUGAAAUGUGACAUAAGACUUGCAGAAGUUAACCAAUAUGCAGUGUCUUAUUUGUAUGUCAUAGUACUUAUUCAAGUAUUUCAAGUUUUAUAUCUAAGCCAACUAAUAAGGCCACAAGAAUCGCUUCAAUUUCUGUGCAUAAUCACAGUAGACUUCUUUGAAAUAACAAAAAUCUGAAGACUUUUUGGUGUGGGUCUGUGUGGACUGUAUUGUACUAGAUUACUCAAUGCUGUCAUGAGAUCAUAAACUCACAACUAAAGGACUGCUCGGCUAUAUUUAUAGCAACAGAGAAUUCAACUGACAACUGUUUUUCAUCAAAGGAUCAUAAUACGGUGAGCAUUUUAUAUAUAGGAAAUGUAUAGGACUGAGAUUUUUUGCAUCGGAUUAUGUACUAUAAAAAUUCAACAGAGCAAUCCUCUGAAGCUCUGCCCUCGUUAUAAUUUGCUGCAAAUCAUAUUUUGGAUUUUAAAGACAGACUUUAUUCUAGAGGUGACUUCCACUUGUAUUGCAACUGUACAGAGAAUUCUAAACUACAGUGCCUUCAAUGAAUAUGUAUAUAACUGGUUUAUAAUUAUGGAAUGACAUUUUUUCCUGUUUCAAAAUCGGCCUUUUAUUGACUAAUUACAAAUAAAUGUGUGCUCUGAAAAGCCAUUUGGAAUUAAUUGUAUUAGAACCAAAGACUUUACAUUACUAUAAGCUUGAAGCAACUAGAAAUGAUCUGACUAGUAACAAUAAAAAGGGCUUCUUAUGGUUUGGGCUUUUAUUUAAAUUGUCAAGAACUUCUUAGAUUUUUUGAAAUUUAAGUACCUCUAUAGUAUGGAUAUAUUUGCAAGCUAAGUGUCUUUUACAGAUAGAGCUGUAUAAACAUGGCCAAAGCAUGUCAUGUGCUGAGUUGCCUAAAGUUGUACUGUACUUUUUAUUUGCUAGGCACCAUAAUCAUUUUGUGUCAAAAACCAGACUGUAAUGUUUUCCUUCAUUUGUUGAAGGGUUACAUGUUCAUGAAAUCUGUUCACUUGUUGUGAUUUUAUGGAGACUUACCUUACUAUUAUCAAACAAAGUUAUGCAAUUAUCUCCUGUUUGAAGAUGAAGGAGAAAAAUGAAAGGCUGGAUUAUGGAAAUAAUAGACAAAAUCUCUUCCUUAUUUCUUUAUAGAAUUAAAUUUAGCUGCUUGAUGGUUUAUAUUCCAGUCAAAGACAGGCUUUAAAGUUGCAACUCUCUGGUGCCCUGUCACAGACAAAAGUAGAGCACCUCUCUUAAUUGGUUUAGCUCUACAGACAGCAGCUGAGUAUUCCACUGCUUGUCAGAGCUUUCAGGAUAGACAGAAUGGGCAUAGAUUCUUUUUUUUCUCUUUAAUCAGAAGAGUUUGGCCCUCCAAAUUGUUGAAGGACGCUUGGCAUGGUGCAUGGAACAGUUACAAGUCACUUUUCUGCCUACAAUGUAUAACCUUUUUGGAAUAAAUGAAGGAAUUCAGUUUGUAGCCAGGAAUCAUGAACAGUCUGAAGUUGAAUUUUGUGAUUUAAUGGUUUCAGAUGUAGUGGGAUCUUAUGCAUGACUUUGUUUCAAAGUGUAGAAGUGGUAUUACUCUGAUAGCUGGUUACCGUUAACACAAGGUCUUUUUCCAAAAGAGGUGGUACUUUUUUCUUCUAGAUUCUUUUCCAGGCUUAAUGCAGAAGUCAAAUGACCACAUAUUGUUGAUUCUGUUGGCUCCAAUCUAAGCAUGGAAACAUAGACUAUAUUCUAAAAGUUAUCGAUGUACUGUUGUAUUUUAAAGACGUACUAUUAUUCAAGCUGUAAAGAAAACUAGGCUGUUUGUAAGCUACAAACGAGCAUGUGUUCAAUUUAAAUUUCCGUUGAGGAAAUAUGAAUUGAGUGUUUUUAGCUUAUCAGCACUAUAUGCUGUCAGACUGUAAAACAGUAAACUUGUUGAAUCAUUAAA